UUCUGCGGAAUUUAUAUAUAUGAUAGUUCAUAUAUUAGGUUUCUUGAAAUAGCACAUUUACAGUGUUUUAUAGUUGAUCUGUCUCUUGGAAUUUCAGAAUAUCUUGAUGAAGAAACGUUGAUCCCUAAAAAUACGUCAGUGUUAAUUCGUCGAGUUCCAGGACGGCCACGUUUACCAAUUGUUACUGAACUAGAACAACAGGUGGAAAAUAAGGCUGUGGAAACUAAUCCUGCGAACAGUACUUUAGCAGUUGAUGAUAUGUCUGCCAUGAAAUAUCCUGAAGAAUCAGAUUGGGAUGAAUUUGGCAAUGAUUUAUAUUCAAUACCCGAUCAACUUCCAGUUCAAUCGAUCAACAUAAUUUCAGAGGCUCCUCCAACAAGCAGCAUUGGUGAAGAAAGUAAGAUUAAAGCAUUGAUUGAUACUCCAGCAUUGGAUUGGCAACAGCAAGGUUCAGACUUUGGAGCUGGUAGAGGUUUUGGAAGGGGCAUGGGUGGACGGAUGGGGGGUGGACGUGGUUUCGGUUUGGAGCGGAAAACACCUCCACAAGGCUAUGUAUGUCACAGAUGCAAAGUGCCUGGACAUUUCAUUCAGCACUGCCCUACAAAUGGUGAUCCAAAUUUUGACAUCAAGAGAGUCAAGCAACCUACUGGUAUUCCUAGAUCUAUGCUGAUGGUAAAUCCACAAGGUUCAUAUGCUUUACCAAAUGGUUCAGUAGCUGUUUUGAAGCCUAAUGAGGCUGCUUUUGAGAAAGAAAUAGAAGGAAUACCGUCUACACGUUCUGUUGGGGAUCUCACACCUGAGCUCCACUGCCCCUUGUGCAGUAAUGUUAUGAAAGAUGCUGUGCUGACUAGCAAGUGUUGUUUUAAAAGCUUCUGCGACAAAUGUAUUAGGGACUACAUUAUCUCGAAGUCUAUGUGCAUCUGUGGUGCAACGAAUAUUCUUGCAGAUGAUCUUUUACCGAAUAAGACACUAAGAGAUACCAUCAAUCGCAUACUGGAGUCAGGCAAUAGCAGUACUGAAAAUGCUGGGAAUUUUCAAGUUCAAGAUAUGGAGUCUGCUCGCUAUCCACAGCCUAAGAUUCCAUCUCCAACAUCAUCUGCUGUCUCCAAGGGAGAACUAAAGAUUUUGCCUGUCAAUGAAGGAGCAGCAAAUAUACAGGAUACCGCUGAUGAAAUAAAGGUUGUUUCUGCUCCACAGCAGGCACCAGAACAUGUAAAUAUCCCUAGAGCUGGUGAUGUAUCUGAAGCUACUCAUGAAUCUAUGAGUGUGAAGGAACCAGUCUCACAAGGGUAUACACAACAAUAUACAAAGUAAGUGAGUCUUUCCCCUUCAAAUGGAUAAACAAGAAGUGGAUAGAAGGUUUUCACGUGACUUCAAUGGCAACUGCUGGAAGUCGUUGGGGUGUUGUUAUGUCACGGAAUGCGGGAUUCAGUGAUCAGGUUGUUGAACCUGAUUUUCUCUAUCCUAGCGAAGGAAUCCAUAGACGCUGGGAUAAUGGUUACAGGAUCACAGAAACUGCUGCUACAUGGGAUCAAUAUGCUCUUAUAUUAAGCAAUUGCAUUUUAGCCUUCCUUGGCAGGGUCUGCAAGCUGCCACCAAAAUGCAAAAAUAUGAAAAAUUUUGCAAUAUGAAGUUCUCAACUCGUACUGAGGUACUUUGCAAGUCAUAUCCCGUGGAGUUUGCGUCUUACUUUCAUUAUUGCCGCUCCUUGUCAUUUGAUCAACGACCAGAUUAUGGAUAUUUGAAGCGCCUGUUUUGAACCUGAUAUCUUUUUUACUAUUGUGUUCAUGGAAUAUCGUGGUAGAAAAGAAUCACGUGGUCCGAAGAGAAAUUAUCGAAGAAAAACUCACAACGCAGAGAGAAAAUGCAACCAUUGUGACGAAACUGCCCCUAUGUAAAAAAUUGAAUUGACGAAACUACCCUAUGUAUGCAUAAAUGUUCUCAAAUACAUGUGGGUCAAGUAUAUGUAUAUGUGUAGAAUUACUGUGUUCCAGUAACAUUUCUACAACUUUAGACAAUUUAUUUGCAACGAAAAUUUUACUUCUCA